AUGCCAAUCCACGCUCGAGCUGUUUUAAUACCGGAAGAAUAUUUACAACAAACCGAACAAUUUCAUGCAGCUUCUCAAGCGCCCAAAUCCGCGGACGGAACAAAAGAGGCUGGAAAAGAUAAACAGCAAACUACACAAGUACAUGGAACAAUAAAUUUUGUCCAAGAUGAAAGCGGGACGGUUACAGUUACUGGAGAAGUAAAAGGACUUAAACCUGGUUUACAUGGAUUUCAUAUCCAUGAAUUUGGUGAUACAACAACAGGUUGCACGUCAGCUGGAGCCCACUUCAAUCCGGAUAAAAAGGAGCAUGGCGGUCCAGAAGAUUCAAAUCGACAUGUCGGCGAUCUCGGUAAUGUUGAGGUGAAGAAUGGCGACAGUGUAACCGUGAAUAUUACUGAUAAAUUUAUUAAACUCAAUGGUGAGAAAUCGAUUGUUGGCCGAUGUAUUGUCGUGCAUGAAGACCCCGAUGAUUUGGGAAAAGGUGGUCAUGAUGAUAGUAAAACCACGGGUCAUGCUGGCAAACGUUUGGCUUGUGGUAUAAUUGGUGUAGUCAAAGGUUAA